CACCAUUUUCAGAGUGAGUCACAGGCAGAGACAGAGAGACAAACACCUCUCUCUUGUUUUGGUUUUGGACAGUUCCUUUGGGUUUCGUGUUCUUCAUUCUUUUCCUCUUAUUGCUCUGUUCUUCACUUCUGAAAUCUCUCUCUGCUCAUGUGUACCAAACUUGUAUCCUUUCCUUUUCUUUAUUAUUAUUAUUAUUAUUUCUUUUUUUCUUUUAUUAUCUUUACAACCCUUUUUCUCAAGUAUUGUGUUCCUUUUCUAACUCUGUUUUUUUAUCAAAGAAAAGGUCUCAAACUUUGUAAUAAAAUACUGGUUUUGCUUUAGGGUUUUCCUUUUCCUUCUUGAUGCUGAUGGGUUUUCUUGAAAAGUAACAUUUCUUCUUCAGGAAUUUGUUCUUGCCUUUGAGAAAAUUUUCCCGGAAAGCUUUUCUCUUUCCAAUUAUGCUUUGUGUCUCCUAGGCAUUUGUUCAAACACUUUGGCUGCACUUAAAUUGCUCCUGUUAAAGAAACGUUCAUCACUUUCUUCGUCUUACUCCUUGAACCUGAACAUGGGUUGUAUCCAUGGCAAGUGUUGCAGUCGCUACCCUUCAUCUUCUAACGACGAUCCUAGAGACUUCACGGAAGCUGAUCCUUACAGUGUUCAGAGAAAACAUAUGCUUGCAGAGAGAUCAUUGGAGACUGUUCUUGUUCCUUCUCGUAACUUCCAUUUAGAGUACUCUGCUCUCACUCAACGAGGCUAUUACCCAGACUCACUCGAUAAAGAAAAUCAAGACUGUUACUCCAUUAAAACGCAGCUUCAAGGUGACCCAAAUGUCCAUUUCCUUGGUGUAUUUGAUGGGCACGGUCAAUUUGGUGCUCAGUGCUCCAAUUUCGUUAAAGACAAGGUAGUCGAAUUACUAUCAGACGACCCAGCAUUGCUUGAUGAUCCUGAAAAAGCUUUUAAUUUGGCUUUUGAAACGACCAACUACGAGUUACACAACAACAACGAUAUAGACGAUUCAAUGAGUGGUACCACGGCGAUUACCGUGCUCGUCGUAGGUGACACCCUUUUCGUCGCCAAUGUGGGUGAUUCGAGAGCUGUUAUUGCUGUUAAAGACGGGAAUCAAAUUGUUGCCGAGGACCUGUCUCGUGAUCAGACUCCAUUUAGGAGAGACGAGUAUGAAAGAGUGAAGCUCUGUGGAGCGAGGGUUCUGAGUGUUGACCAAGUGGAAGGGCUUAAGGAUCCUGAUAUUCAGAGUUGGGGCAAUGAAGAGAGCGAAGGUGGUGAUCCUCCUAGGCUUUGGGUUCAGAAUGGAAUGUAUCCCGGGACUGCAUUUACAAGGAGUGUGGGAGAUAGUACGGCAGAGAGAAUUGGUGUUGUAGCUGAUCCAGAGGUGUCAAAGGUUCAGCUAACACCAAAUCAUCUCUUCUUUAUUGUUGCAAGUGAUGGAGUAUUCGAGUUCCUUUCAAGUCAAGCUGUUGUAAACAUGGCGGCGAGAUAUACGGAUCCUCGGGAUGCUUGUGCUGCCAUUGCUGGAGAGUCUUACAAGCUAUGGUUGGAGCAUGAAAGCCGGACAGAUGACAUCACAAUCAUCAUUGUUCACAUCAAAGGCUUGAAUUCAGCAACUGGUUCUGCAGAUGGAUCAAGUGGGGUCAAUGGUAGAUCUGCAUUAAGAAAAGGGAAAGGAACUUUGGAGAUAUCUGCUACCACAGGAUCAGAAGUCUACCGUUCGGUAAGAAAUGAUUUCUCAGAUCUACAUUCCUGUCAGUAUCAUGUUUCAACGAAUCGAAGUCCAGCCAUUGUUGUUCCAUCACCAACAUGUCGAAGGCCCCUGGAAGUGUGACUCGCUUUAGAGGUGCAUUCAUGAAGCUGCUUCACAUCUCCUUGGAAAAUUAAUUUAAGAGGAUGUGGGUUAGACGUGCAGUUGAGCGGCGGUGAAAGUCAGUCAGACGGUUUUUCUACAUACAUAAAUACAUCUUCACUAAUAUCUAGUGCAGCGUUCCUAAUGUUACUCAUCACACGGUUUCUGACUAUAGAUAUGGCCUCAAGGGGAACAAAAUGGUCUCCUUUCAGCUAUAGCAUUUGUUCUACUAAUUAAUCUAAGCAUGAUGUAGAUGAAUGAAAUGGAAAUAAAAUUUGGAGGCAUUACUCAUAAGGAAAGUUGUCAUGGGAGGUGGUUGGAUGAUGAUGAUGAUGAUCCAUGUAGUAGUUGUAGUAGAAUGUACAAGUCAUGUUGUUUGUUUUUACCACACUAAAUUUCUGUAAGAAACAAUGUACAAAUUUCAAAACUUUGUUUGUGAUUCCUUGGCAUUCGUUUUCUUGA